AUGCUAGCAACAGUUACCCAUAAACGUUUUCUCAAUCCAUCUAAAGCAAAACUAGCCAAAUUAGCAUUGUCAGUCCGCUGGAAGAGCACUAAGUUGGUAAAUCUAAUCAACAGUUUGGAAGAACCACCUAUGUUACAUUAUAACCAAUAUUUAAAGAAAGUCGAUGAUGUUGGUGAUUACGUGAUAGCUCAAAGAUAUGCAGAGUUUAUGGACCAGCUUGAACCUGAUGAAAAUAAGAACCAAUUCGCUAAAAUAGCUUUAAGCACACCCUCACUUUUGAGUGGAGAGGAAAGAUCAAUAGCAAUAAGAAAUCCACAUCAUAACAGUGAUGUAACAACAGAUACAAAACAAGAACCACUGUCAGGCUGUUCAAUAAAUAGUUCUAAGUUCAAAAAUAUAAAUAACCAAACUCACGUUGAACAAAUAGAUUAUUUAUCAGACUCCAAGAUUUUAAAAGAUAUUAACAAGCAUUUCCAUAUUUUGGAAGAAUAUCAAAACAAGAUACCAUCCCGGGAGCUUUCAAUGUUUAAUUGGCUAAAUUGUGAGUCUGAAUGUAUAUCGUUAUCACACAUCAGUGAAGGUGAUGUUCAAAGAUUGUUUGAUAGAAAAAUAUUAUCACCCAUUUGUACCAUCAUUCAAAAGGUUUAUGGAGUAAAAAUUCAACCUCGCCAACAAAUGUAUAAUAAAGAGGGCAAAAUAUACCCUGACAUAACAAUGGAAUCAGCUAAUGGUAAAGGUUCAGUGGUAGUUGAAGUUAAAAAAGAUUUGCCAGCUGCAAAUGAGCUCAAUAAACAAGAUAUUUCCAAGCUACUCAAGAUUAAUGGGGUACAGCAGGUAAUCAAUUCAAUUAGUUGUUCUGGUUCAAAAUUUGGUAUUUUAACAUCUUUCAAAACCACACUCAUCAUUUUGAUAAAAAAUGAUAAUAUGACAUUCACCAAUGAAGAGUGUAUCCUUGAUAUAAAGUACCUUGUCAUAGACCACUUACAACCAUAUUGCACCCUAAAAUCAAUCAUUUAUAGCUUGUUAGUUGACCAAUUCACUUCACCAUUAAAUGUUCAGCACCACCGUUAUGAAAAAGCAUUGAAAUUCAAAACAAACUUUUUAACAUCUCCACCAAUUGUUGAGAAAAAAUUGCAGCUGUCAAGAGAAUAUCUGAGAUUUAAAUAUGAUGCAAAAACUCUUCGUGAAAAUGAAGAAAACAUAGAGGUUGUAAUUGAUUCUAAUGUCACUCCAAUUGGAACUUUGAAGGAUUAUGAUCAUAUGGUGAGAUCUAUUUAUUUGAAAAAAUCCCACUUUAACCCAGAUGACAAGUCUGAGGACUCUGUUUUCAUCAAAAUUUGGGAUCCUGUCACUUUUGGAAUGAAUGAUGACCCAGCACAGAAUCAGGAACAAAUGGAAUUUGAGUAUUUAAACUCAUAUCACAAUCAAACAAAUGUCAACAAAUCUUUGGUUGGAAGUGCAAAGUGCUGGAAACGAGGAUUUUUGGUUGUCAAAGAUGAAAAUUCCAAAAUCCUAUCAUUGGGGAAAUUUAUGGCUUUUGAAGUUUCAAAUAUGAGCAGUCAGAUGAAAUACCAACCAAUGGAAGUAAUUUUACUAAAGGCGCUUUCACAACUUGAAGCGCUGAAUGCUAAAGGUUUUGGGCUGUAUGUCAAUAUUGAUGCUGAAGAUGAUAAAUUCAAUCCUGAAAAAGACAUGAUCCUUCAAAAAAACGGUGAGCUGUCAAUAAUUAAUGUUGCUGGAACUGGGGAGCAUCCAAGAAGUGAGCCUGGAAGAAAAUUUGACCGUGAAUUUCUGAUUGAUGGGAUGAAGAAGUUUUAUGAAGGUUUUGAAGGAUGA